ACAGGAAGCUUUGGUUGGUGAAGGAUCUGCGGAAGAGCAACUUUUUUCCUCAGAAAAUAUGGUAAAGGAUGGAAUAGGUAGUGAAAUGGAUUGCUACUUCCAAAAGUUGAAGGAGAAAUACGGAUUGCUAUGCGUGUGCAAGGAAGUUACAGUGACUCCUCAUAGACAGAGAUUUCAAGUACUCGAUGCAUUGGUCAGUCUAUUCUGCAGGUCAAAUAUCUCUGCAGAAACAUUGUGGGAUGGUGGUUGGCUUUUGCGCCAGUUGCUUCCAUACAGUAAGGCGGAUUUUAGAAGUCAUCAUCUUGAAUUAUUGAAAGAUACAUUCCACAAUUGUACUAGCUGUAUUCUUGAUGAAACAAAAGGAAGUUGGCCUGAUCUGCUAAUUAUGGUACUAUGUGAUGAGUGGAGGAAGUGCAAAAGAACUAUUGAAGCUUCUUCUCCAAGGAAAGAUCCUAAAUCAAUGCUUUUGCCAGCACACAAGUCCCUUUCUGAAGAAGUUGCUUCUGGGGAAUCAUCUUUUGCUGCUGGUGAACGAUUGUUCGAGAUUGUCAAGGUGUUUGUACUACUUCAUCAGCUUCAUAUUUUUUCAGAAGGAAAAUUAUUGCCCGAUCAACCUCCUAUACAUCCUACAGUUGAUGUCAUGGAAACAUCCCGAGCAAAAAGGGCUGGCAUUGACAGUUUGGGUCCAAAACAAAGCGCUGAAUUAAGUCUUGUUGAUGCGGUUCCUUGUAGAAUUGCAUUUGAGAGGGGCAAAGAACGUCAUUUCCACUUUCUAGCCAUCACUAUAGGACCCUCUGGAUGGCUUAUCCUUGCUGAUGAAUUACCUGUGAGGCCAAGCUUUGGUGUGGUUCGUGUUGUUGCACCUCUGGGUGGUUGCAAUCCCAGAAUUGACGAGAAGCACAUGAGAUGGUUACACCUUCGAAUACGUCCAUCCUCUUUCCCUUGCAUAGAUGGUGCAAAGCAUACAGCCCAUCCUAAAGUCAAGUCAAAAGCUUUGGUCGAUGGGCGGUGGACUCUGGCUUUUCGAGAUGAAGAUUCUUGCAAAGCUGCUUUUUCUAUGAUUGUUGAAGAGCUCAAGUUACUGAGUAGUGAGGUUGAGAGAAGAAUAAAACCUAUGCUUGUCAUUGAAAGAAAUAUUGACACUUCAACAAAAUAGAUUCAGGUGUCAUGAGAGUACGUCUACAAGAAUAUGACCAUAUAGGGAUUUUUGAGAUUUUCACCAGUUUGAUAUUUCAUUUUCUCUUUCUCUCUCUACCCCAAUAUCAUUUUACAGCAGGUGGUGGAGAUAAUAUUAAAGCUUUACCACCCUUUUGUACAUGUUAAAGGAAGCCCUAGGUGUCUGUAAAUUAGAGUAUGUGAUAGUGCCCAUUCUUGUAUAUUAGGUUACUUUUAUCAUUUCUGAUUUAUUAACUUCACUAUUAUGUAUGGUCAAUUUUUUAGUUCUUUGAAUCCUCCUUCCUCACAUAUGUAAAGAUGUUGUAGCAACUCUGCAAAAUGUAAAAGUUGUG